UGUGUUGUAACAAUCUUGUCUCAUGCUUUAUAAAUUUUUGUAAAUGUUUUCUUUGGAAAUGUUCUCUUUUGAAAAACAUUGAUGAGCCAGUAUCAUAUAAAAUAAUUCAUUCUCUAAUUCAACUUUUAUAUUACAUAAACUGAAACCAUUCUCAAAAUCCUUUAUGUUAUGACUCUUUAAAGCCACCUCAACUCUUAUGUUAAACAAUGCUUUUAAAAUAAUUAAUACAUUAUACAAUGCUUUUAAAAAAUUCAUUAACUAUGUUCAGUAUCUGUGCAUGAACCAAGUUCAUUGAUAAUGAUAAUUAUUUUGCUCAAAUACACCUUAUCCUAUUGAUUUUAAUUAAUAAGAAGGCUGGCAAAUUAUUGACAUAUGCAUUUUUUAUAUUUUCUUAAGAUGUUUUGAAGUGAAAUGAGUUGAUGCUGAGGUUGAGAUUAGAGUUCUGUUUGUGUCCUUAGACAAGAACUGUUCUCAUGUUUGUGUUAAUUGCUGAUAGUUAAUGUAAAAUACUAUAGGCAGUUUCUCUUAUGUCUGCAGUUGAACUUGCGUCCACCUGUUACAUACGUAAAUGAGCUCCAUGAUAAUGGCGGAACGAUGACUCUUUGGCUAUUACCAUUAUUCUUAAAUGUGUUCCAACAAUUAAAGACUUCUGGUUUGGUCUGAAUGUUAAAAGUUGAAAGCACACAAGCGAGUUGGUCUAAAGCAUCAACAAAAUUACUCAUCGCAGAAAUGGUCCAAUACAAAGAAAAAUUAAAUGCUGGUGCUAUGAAAAAGAAAACUGUCAUGAACAUGAUCUGUCAAAAACUUCAUCAGAAUAACUACCUGUUCACAGAAGACCAAGUCACUGGAAGAUGGAAAACUCUUGUCCGAGCCUACAAAGCAGUUAAGGAUGGACAAAACAAAAGUGGGUCGGGCAGAAAAACGUACCAGUACGAGCAAGAACUGGAUGAAUAUUUCCAAGGUGAUCCAAUUGUGAAACCACUUGCCAUUGCCACUAGUGGUUCAUCCAGUACAGAUAAGAGAGCAAUGGAAGAAGAGUCAGAUGAAAUUGAAACAGUGGAAUCACAGCCUAAACGUAAAAGGAAUUCAGCAUCAGAGAAUCAUGGAUUUCUCGACUUGCCAGUUACAAUUAUUGAGAAAAUAUUUAGCUUUAUACCACAAAAGGAUUGGUGGAAAACUCUAAGAUUUGUUUGUAAAUCUUUUGAAGAAGUUGAUUUCAUAAUAUUAUCUGUGUUACUGUUAAGGAAGGUGAUUUCCCUUCACAGUCUUUUACUGAGCUUAAGAAGUUGCAAGAGCUUAAAGUCAUUUUUGAAUGUUGUAGUUUGACUGGGUCUGAAUUUCUAGAAAACGUUGAGAAACAUUCUUCUUUGAAAACACUGCAACUGGUAGGCAAUAUGUUUACCUAUACUGACAUGAUGCAUUUGUGUUAUGAACUACAGUUCAUGAAUAUUACAUGCUUGAUAGUUGAAUCUAGUAUUCAGAGCAUAACACCAGCUUGUCUGGAGUAUGUUAUAGAAAACAUACCCUCACUGAAGUCAAUAUCACUGCCAUUAGUUUGUGGGUACCAUAACCAGCUCAGUGAAGUAAUUGAGAAAUUUGUUUUGGACAUCAGGUUCUAGAUGCAGUUAAGCCAGUCUGCCUCAGUAAACCAAGAAGUGCUUAUUUACAGAAUUAGGUUUGUUGCUACUGCUAGCCCAUUAGCUUGCUGAAAGCUGUGAGAAGGACAGGUGUUUUUUUCCCAUGCAAUGAAAGUUACAUUGUUUCUUUUUUGUUCUUAUAUGUUGCAAAAAGACAUUUAUUUGCCACAGAGUUGAGAAUUUAUUUUUCAGACUCAAAUUUUGUAUGUUGCCUAUGAAACUUUGAAAAAAGCUCGACAUGUUACCUUUGAUAUUUUCAGUAGGUUUAGUUUGGCUAUAUAAUGUUGUUAAAUAACAUUGAUGCAUUUUCUUCAUCACAAGCAGUGAAUUGUUUUGAAAAGCCAUUUUUGUUUUUGACAAGCCACUGUUUUAAUGUCGAUAGGAGGAAAACAUAUGGAGGCUUGGUGCAAAUAGCAUAAUACUAGGUCGGGUUCAGAUCUGUGUUGAACAAAAAUGUUAGAUCAGAAGCCAUGUACUUCAAAGAAUAAUGUAAAAUGUACAUGAUUAAGAUCUGUGUCGGACAAGUCUAGUCAGAAAUCAGUCGGUUAUAUUGUUUUAAAUUGAUCACAAGGCUUA